AUGUCCCCCCCGACUGGCGAUGAGCAACCCACGCCGGACUCGUCCCGCCCUGGCGGUCUUGCCAAUGUUUUCCGCGGCCUGACAGCCUCCCGGUCGGCCAAAUCGCUCACGCUGUCGUCCUCGUCGUCCUCCGUCGCUCUUCCAGUCGCCGAUAUUGUCAAUGCCACGCCCACCACCUCAUCCAGGCUUUCUCCCAACACCAUGGACUCGUUCGAGCUCCUGAAGAAUGGAUCACUCAGCGAGCGCAUUUCGGCCGCCAAUACUCUCAAGUACGCCGUUCCCGAACAGCCCCUCAACCCCGUCAUCGAUAUCUGGUACGCUGCAAAGGAUCUCAUUGAAGCGUCGAGGGCACCCGUUGCAAGAACCGCCGGCUGGGAACUUUUGACCGAAUGCGUGAAGCACACCUCGUCCACGGAUCUCGAGCGAAGAGAAUAUUUCCAGACACUGGCCGCGCCUGCCAACCCCGAGGACUUCCAUCUCCAGCUUGCGGCAAUGGUUGAUUUGACCCGCCAUGGGCGUCUUCUUGUCGGGUUUGACUACGACCUCCUACCUCUUCUCACUCGAUGGCUUGGAGACGCCUACACAGCGGUGCGCACCGCUCGAAAGAAUGCCUCCUCCGCGAGUAGGGGUUCGAGUCGAUCCGCUAGGAAUAAGGCUGUCGCCACCGGCGAAGAAAAGAACUUUUCUCAGCUCUUUGUCUUCUUCAUUGACGUCAUCAAGUUCAGCUCCAAGAUCGCCGACGACACAGCCGUUUCUGGGCUUGUUGACAAGCUGCUGAAUAUUUGCAUGAGUACAAGUGUUGAGGAAGAUUUGCGAUCGUGCAUUUCUGUGUUUGAUGCAUUGGUCACUUUUGGAUCCAUCCCCAACGACAAGUUAAAAGGCUGCGUUCAAGUUCUGAGUUCAAUCCACUGCAUAGUACCGAAUCUACAGAAGACCUCUUGGCACACUAUUGCUAAUCUGUGCAAAUCCCACAAUGGUCAGGCUACCGUACGCAUCUUACUUGAUGCGCUGCGUGGCAUCUCUGCAGAGGGAGCCAAGGAUAAGGAUACGACAAGAGAAGUUAGGGGAUCCCUUUCUGUUCUUCAGAAGCUUCUUUCCAAAACUACAGAGAAGGGAUAUCCAGCUGUUCCAUAUGCUCUUCUGGCGGAUGGCUUGUCGACUGUGGUGCGAUCUGGUCCUGCCCCUAGGGUUUGUGCGGCUGUCCUCCAAGUCAUCAACGCCUUGUUCAGCGAUUCUAAAGGUAACUUACACAAGCUGAUAGUCGAAGAGGACUGGUCCGUGGUACUGGAUGUGGCAGCCGAAUGCGCCAAGAAAUUGGGAAGUGAUCCGGAUCAUCCCCUGGAGGAGCGGACUGAGGAUCUUGUUCAAGAGCUUCAAACUCUCCUUGCUCGGCUUGAUUUGAUCCUUGGCCAAAAACACACCGACUUUGUCCCACGUCAAACUAUAAUCAAGUUCUUCGUCAGCGUGCCCCGGCUUCUCAGCGACACCACAGCAGGCGCGCUUCUGAACUACUUCCAAGAGCUGAGAUGUUGUUCGCCAUCAGAUCUUCGGUGGGAGAAAAAUUUGGCUAUUGUUUCCGAUGAGUUUUUUAGCAACCGCAAACGGUCAACCCAGACCAGACUCCAUGCUCUCCGCAUUAUUAAGGACUCAUACGAGACCAUGGACCUUCUGGCAGAUGAUUCCGAGCAAAAUUUUGUUCCUGCUCUUGCCAAGAGCAUUCUUCGAGACAUAACCGAAGAGCAGGAUGCUGCGGUACUUGAUGCUGUCAUGGAUCUCAUGAUUCCGGUUGUCACAUCCUGCGACAUGCAGCUCUUCGAUUUCAUAGUUGGGACCAUCAAGGAAAUUGCUAUCAACGAUCGAGUGACAUCGCCAAUGACACCAAGCGCCUUGGCUUCAUUGGCGGGAGAUGCGCCCGUACCUACAGCCGGCGAAUCAUUGUCUAAUGUGGUCAUUAAGGGCUACGUGAAGAUGUUUACCAAUGUGAUGAACUCAAGCUGUGCAAAGAGUGUGAAGCUCUACACCACGCUCGUACAUAUUGCUAAAUCAAUCUACUGUGAGGUGGAUGCGCGCCUAACAGCGAUGAAGUUGCUCUUUCGAUUGCGUGCCGACUGGGCCAGCCGAGUUUUUGUUACAAAAGUGCUGGAAACCAACUUUCUCGCUGCCGGAAUAUGCCGCACCGAGGAGUCCUUAGCCCGGAGACAACGUGAGGAGGCUUUCCACUCAUUAAGGACCACUCGAAGUGAUCAUGGAGGCCUGUCUCGUCCGGCCCGUGGGCUUUCUCUUGGACAGACGCAAGCUUACGACCGUGGCCUGCCUGUGAGGACCCCUAGUGGUUCCAAACCAUCCGUGGCAUCUUAUAAGCAAAUGUGGAGGCUGCCAGAUCCCGAUGCCAUUCCGUCCACGACUCCAAAUCAGACAAGUCCAGUUUUAUUAUCACGUAUACCUAAGGAAGGUAUCGAAGGCAAGGUGGACGAGCAUAUGUCAUGCGUGCUCGACAUGCCCUUCUGGCUCGAAACUGUUUUGAGUAUCCUCAAGGGUGACGAUUGGGAGGUUUAUUGCUUUGUGUUGGUACACCUCCCAUCGCAGCUGAGCAACCAUGCCAUCUUCAAGAAUGCCCUCCCACAAAUCCGAGAGCUACGGAAGUUGAUAUGCGAGCAAAUACGUUCAAACAGCUUUCAAGAGCCCCCAAAUGCAUCAGGCUUACGUCGCGCCGAUGUUGCUAUCUGUCUCUUCCACAGCCUGACGAUGAUUCUCAGCUAUCAUGACCACUUCUUAAAAGGAGAAGAAGAUGAAAUCGUGAAGACGUAUGUCCAUGGUAUCACAGCAUGGGAAAGGACGGCUCAAUGCUGCAUACAUGCGCUUUCGAUCUGCUGCCAUGAAUUACCAUUAUCUGUGAGCAAAUCUCUGGGACAAAUGCUGAAUCAAAUGAGCACAAUCAUCACGCAAUCCAACCUUGCUAUUCAUAUCUUGGAGUUCCUGGCCUGUCUGAGUCGACUCCAUGAUGUGUAUGUCAAUUUCAGGGAGGACGAAUAUCGAACGAUUUUUGGCAUGUGCUUCAGAUAUCUUGACUAUGCAAGAGACAAGAGGCAGCAGGCAAGCAGGAACCCUCUCGUGAGUGAGCCUGUAACUCCAGUAUCUACCCGCUCCGGCAGUGUGGACUUGACACACCCCAGCGCUUCCGAUGACCUUCCCCAGUACGUUUAUGCGCUCGGAUACCAUGUCAUUUUGUUCUGGUUCCUUGCGCUCAAAUUGCAGGACCGUCCCAAACACGUGCCCACGAUAACAAAGAAACUCUUCACGGAGGUCGAUGGUUCUGGGACUACGUCCGAAGAACAAGCUCUUACGACAUUGGAUUUUAUGCAGAGAGUUGCGUACGCAGACAUCGAGGAGUCGGCCGAAGACCCUGAGUUUAAUGAACAGCGUUUUGGCAAAAUGGCUACCAGGAACUGGGUCGUUGGCAACAGUAUCGUCACUGUCAAACAGAGCCUUAACACUGGCUGGGCACAAGUCACGAAAAGGCAACCGUCAGGGACCUCGGUGUAUAGUAUGCGAGAAGUAUUCAGACCACCUCCCUUACAUCAAACACCCAACCAUGUUGAUGUGAGCAGAGGUGGUCAGCCAUCUCAGAAUACGGUCAUGCCAAGUCAUCUUCUCAUUCAGUUGAUGUCUUCAGCGCCUCAAUCAUGUGACUCCACCCGGCCUAUACCGCUACCAGAAGAUGACACCAUCGAACGGGCAAUACGGAUGUUUGACCUCAACCCGACGACCGACGGGCACAAAGUUGGCGUCAUCUACAUUGGCGAAGGGCAGACGCAAGAGCUUGAUAUUCUAGCAAAUGUUUCUGGAAGCAGUGACUAUGUUGAGUUCCUGAACAACCUUGGUACAUUGACCAAGCUCAAGGGAGCUACCUUCAACACGCAGGGCUUGGAUAGAGAAUUUGACCUGGAUGGCCAGUACACGUUUUGCUGGCGAGACAGAGUGACAGAAAUCAUCUUCCACGUCACAACUCAGAUGCCAACCGACUUGGAGCGAUAUCCCCAACUUGCGAAUAAGAAGCGACAUAUUGGCAAUGAUUUCGUCAACAUUGUCUUUAAUGACUCUGGACUCCCUUUCAAAUUCGAUACCUUUCCAAGUCAAUUCAACUACGUGUACAUUGUCAUCACACCUGCCUCUCGGGCGUCCUUUAUCGCCUCCCGUGAGGCUAAGGACGAACAAUCCCGGGAUCAGCCGUUCUAUAGAGUCCAGGUGAUGAGCAGACCCGGCUUCCCCGAGAUAUCCCCUGCAUCUGAGACGAAGAUGAUCUCACUCAAGGCGCUCCCGGGAUUUAUCCGUCUGGUCGCGCUCAACGCAUCUGUCUUCUCCAUGGUCUGGCAGAGCCGUAAUGGCGGAGAGCACGUCAGUGCCUGGAGGAAUCGCCUUCGUGAGAUCAGGCGCCUCCGUGAAAAGUAUGGACCAAAGUCAUCAGCCGCCUCAUUUGGCCCUGUGCCCCCGCAACAACGCCCGUCACCCUCACCACCACCGUCCCUGUCGUCCGUGAGCAUUGCCUCGCCAGGGCAACAAGUGCCGCAGUUCUCACAGCCAUUCCAGCCGGCCUCUGAUUCGUCCCGCCCCAACAGCGGAGUCAGGGAGAGCUUUGGCUUGCGGCGCACGAGCGUAGCAACCUUCUUCACGAGUUCCAGCGAACAGGCGUCGCACCGGUCAUCAACCGUGUCUGGCGGAACGUCCGACACCGAGAUCGGACUCAACGGCAACCUCCCAUCAGACUCAGCAGCCGACUCCGUGGACUUCUCCCAAUGGGCUUGA